AUGCUGCGAACGACGCUGGCCGUUCUCUCUGGCCUGGCGGCCUCGGCCGCCGCCCUGGACCCCAUCGAGGCGUACGGCAACAAGUUCUUCAACAAGGACGGAUCGCAAUUCUUUAUCAAAGGUGUUGCGUACCAGCUUGUUCCCGAUGACCCUCUCAUCGACACCAACCAGUGCAAGCUGGAUGCCAAGUUGAUGAAGGACCUCGGCGCCAACGCGAUUCGCGUGUACCAUGUCGACGCCGGCAAGGACCACGACGGCUGCAUGAAGGCGUUUGACGAGGCUGGCGUCUAUGUCAUGCUCGACAUGGAUACUUUUAACACGUACAUUGAGCCGACGAUGCUUUACUGGAACACUAGUCAGUUCGACAAGUACGCCGAGGUCAUGGAUACGUUCCAAAAGUACGACAAUGUCUUGGGCCUGUUCGUCGGCAAUGAGAACAUUGCUAAGAGGCAGGACUCACCCGUCGCCCCUUUCCUCAAGGCUGCUGCCCGGGACAUGAAGGCGUAUCGUGACCGCAAGGGUUACCGCAAGAUCCCCGUCGGCUACUCGGCCGCCGACAUCCAGGAGCUGCGUCCCAUGCUCCAAAACUACCUGACGUGCGGUGGCAACUCGUCCGAGAUCAUCGACUUCUUUGCCCUCAACUCGUACUCGUGGUGCGACCCCAGCACCUACGAGCAGUCCACCUACGACAAGCUCCAGGAGUACGCCAAGAACUUCCCCGUCCCCAUCUUCUUCUCGGAGACGGGCUGCAACGUCCCCGGCCCUCGCAAGUUCGACGACCAGGACGCCGUCUUUGGCAAGCUCAUGGUUAACGACUGGAGCGGCGCCAUGGUCUACGAGUGGAUCCAGGAGCAGAACAACUAUGGGCUCAUCGAGUACGGGCCUCCGGCCAAGAGCAACAAGAGGGCCGACGAUGUUGUCGACGGCUUCACCCGCAAGGGCACACCGACGCCCAGGAACCCGGAAUUCAACAACCUCAAGACCAAGUGGGCUAGUAUCCACCCGACGGGUGUGAGCAAGGGCGACUACGACACCAAGAGCAUCUCGACGCGCGCCUGCCCCAUGUCCACGUCGGGCGGCUGGUGGCAAGUUAAUGGUAAUGUCAGGCUGCCUACCCUGGGCGAGACCAAGACGGGUGCUUUCGAGUCGUCCCCGAGCGCCACGGCGGACCCCAGCGCAACGGCCACGACGGGCAGCAAGUCUGGCGACAAGUCGGGCUCGGGCAGUCAGAGCUCUAGCAGCGCCCAGGCGACGGGCGGAUCUGAGAAGGGUAAGACCGACAAGGAGAACUCGUCCGACAGACCGCUGGCAUUGAUUGGCGCCACCUUGGCAGGUCUUGUACUGUCUCUGGCAAUCCUGCUGUAG